AUGAAGUACGAGUGGCUGGAUCCUUCCAUCAAGAAGACGGAAUGGAACCGCGAGGAGGAGGAGAAGCUGCUCCACAUGGCCAAGCUCAUGCCCAACCAGUGGAGGACGAUCGCCCCCAUCGUGGGGCGCACGGCCGCUCAGUGCCUGCAGCACUACGAGCGGCUGCUGGACAUGGCCCAGGAUUCCGGCGGCGCCGCGGGGGGGGAGGGCGGGGCGGCGAUGGCGGAUGACCCCAGGCGUUUGCGUCCGGGGGAGAUCGACCCACACCCGGAGACGAAGCCCGCGAGACCCGAUCCCAUCGACAUGGACGAAGACGAGAAGGAGAUGCUCUCGGAGGCCAGGGCUCGUCUGGCCAACACCCGGGGCAAGAAGGCCAAGCGUAAGGCCCGGGAGAAGCAGCUCGAGGAAGCCAAGCGCCUCGCCACGCUCCAGAAACGCCGGGAGCUCAAGGCUGCCGGCAUCGAGAAGACGGCGAACCGCAAGCGCCGCAAGUACAUCGACUACGGCAAGGAGAUCCCCUUCCAGAGGAACGCCCCCGCCGGUUUCUACGAUGUGUCCGAAGAGGCGCAGGUCGCCAAGAAGGCGAGGCAGGACCCCAGCUUUUCCACUAAGGAAAUUUCCUGCAAAAAUUGGAGGAACACCAGAUGGAACAAGAAGAUGAAGGGGCUCCCCAAAAAGACGAACCCCAAAUUCCGAAAAUCAUGA